GUAGAUAAACGUUGCAUGAAAAAGCGCCUGUUGCCAUGCCGUUGCCUCAAAUUACGGAAAUCGAGCGAGUGUCCGUUCUCGGCGAAUUAUGAAUUGUGUCGCGCGGUUUUUAACGUGUAUACCCUGAGAUUCGCUCCUAGAGUCCCCGUUUAUAUUUAUUUAUUCGUCUAUAUCUGCCUUCUUAGCUCUGUUUUAUCGACAUGAAGUGUCACUACGAAGUUCUCGGUGUGUCCAGAAGCGCGACUCCUGAGGAACUGAAACUGUCCUACAGAAAGCUCGCGCUUCUCUGGCAUCCAGACAAAAACCCAGACAAUCUUCAAGAGGCGACCGAGCAGUUCAAGCUUAUCCAGCAGGCGUACGACGUUUUGAGUGAUCCCCAGGAACGGGCCUGGUACGACAAGCACCGCGACGCUAUACUCAAAGGAGGUCUUGGCAGUGACUACAAGGAUGACAGGCUGGACGUUUACUGCUACUUCAACUCCUCCUGUUUCAGUGGUUACGGGGAUGACGAGAAGGGUUUUUACGCAGUGUUUCGGGAUGUCUUUCAAAGAAUCGCUGCGGAAGACGAACCCUACCACGAUGACCCUGUGGUGGUGCCGGGUUUCGGGAACAGCACCAGCCCGUACGAUGAGGUUGUUGGUCCGUUUUACGGUUACUGGCAAAGCUAUUGCACGGCACGGACGUUUGCCUGGCUCGACCAGUACGACAUUCGGACGGCGCCGAACAGGCGAGUGGUACGGCUCAUGGAACGGGAGAACCGCAAGCUUCGAGAUGCUGCCCGGAGGCAGCGCAACGAGGAAGUCAGACAAUUGGUUCAGUUUGUCCGGAAGCGAGACCGGAGGGUUCAAAGAAGGAAGAAAGAGCUCGAGGAAAAGGCGGCUGAGAGUGCUCGGAAAUCGGAGGCCAAGCGAGUGCAGAGGAUUUUAGAACAAAAAAAAGCUAGGGAGAAUUACGAGGAGUCCGAGUGGUGUUCGAUGGCGCAGCUGGAAGUCCAGCUCAAGGACAUCGAGGCACAGGUGGACUCACAGUUUGGCGAGGAAAACAAUGCACAAACUAGUGGGGCCACGGAGCAACCAGCAGAGAAUGGAGUUGACUCUGCAACUGAUGACUCGGAGGAUGAAGACCCAGACGAACUGUACUGCGUGGCCUGUGACAAGUGCUUCAAAUCUGACAAAGCAUUUGCCAACCACGAGAAGUCUAAGAAGCACAAGGAAAACGUGCAGUUCCUCAAGGAGGCAAUGCAGGAGGAGGAGGCACAGUUUGCUGGCACAGCAGCUCAGUCUGAAGAAGUCAAAGGUCGAGAUGCCGAAAGUCAAGAUGCCACUGCCGAAGGUCAAGAUGCGGGAGACAGCGUGGAAACAAAGCCACCGAAAACAAAACAUAAAAAGAAAUCUCGAAAGUAAAAAUUUAU